AUGAGGAAAUUAGUUAUAUCCCUAGCAGUGCUGCAACUGAUAUCCCUCUCCUUGGGUCAUAAUAAUCCCUGGGAGCAGCAGCCCACACCGAUAAAGAAGGUGCCAGUGCCAGUGCCUGUUCCGGUGCCAGUUCCCGUGCCAGUUCCUGUUUAUCCCAAAGAUGGCGGUGGAGGCGGCGGGGGAAGCGGAAGUGGUGGAGGUGGCGGCGGCGGAAGCGGAAGUGGAGGUGGAGGUGGUGGCGGGGGCGGUGGCGAUGUCGGCGGUACUUGCCCGCGUCCUUCGCCCGAAGCUUUACGGUGCCUUCGGGAAUGGGCCUGUCAGUACGUCAUCCGGCUGGAUCUGCGCUGCCUGCUCACCUUAAAUGGCAACCCAUUGCUGGGCAAUCUCAUUUCCAUACCCGGCAUCACCGGCGGCGGCAGCAGCAGCGGCGGCGGUGGCAUCUUGGGUGGUCUCCUGGGUGGCAAAUAG